GUUUGGUUUUAAAUUCCGGUAUUCGUUUUAUUUCAAAAUUUAUGAUUUGGAAGUCCUCAUCUACACAAAAUUAAGUUUCUUAAGUAAUAUGCGGAAAAUACAACUAGUUCAAUGUAUACAACCACGGUAUUCUUUAAACACUGCUUUAGCGCAGCGUUUUAUGUCAAAAUCUGGUGAUGCAAAACCACCUUCUAAAACAGAAACGAAAGAUCCAAAGUGCAAGGAGGGUAAAGAUGCAAAACCCACCGAAGCUGUAAAAAAAGAAGAACCAAAGCCUGAGCCAAAGCCUGAACCAAAGCCUGAACCAAAACCUGUCAAGAGUAAAGAGGUCAAGCAAAAAGAUGAAACUGCUAUAUCUGGCGGGACCAAGUGCAGUCCAACUGUCAACCCUGUUUGCAUUAGUAAACCUGUAAAGAAACUGAAAACUUGUGAAGAAAUUUUAUGUGGAAAAGGUAAAAAAAAGAAGAAGAAUAUUCCUCUAACGGCCAUUCAAGGAGGAGACUUGGGAUGUCCUGCCCAGACAGAUAAAAAACCACCAAUAAUUGGAAAACAUGCAAAGCUCUGGCAGAAAAUUUCCCUUUUUGGAGUCCUGCCUUUGAUUGCCGUCCUAACUCUUUUGGUAUUUGGCUCACGUGUAGAGGAAGAACGCCUAGAAUUUAGGAACUAUACCCACUUGUACAAGCGAUCAAAGCCGUAUUGGUUUAAGGAUGGGAAUCGCACAGCCUUUCACAACAGCUACUACAAUGCCUUGCCUCCAGGAGGAUAUGAGGAUGAAAUUGAUGAAGCUUCCAUUGGUCAGGAACCGGAGUCCGAAAAGGAUAAAAAAGCUCGACUAAAAGAAUUCGACAAGGUCGUUAAGGAUUGGCGCAAGCAUUCAUCGAAGAGAGAGGCUCGGCUUAAAAAGGAGGCUGCCGCCUCCUAGAAAACAACAAGCUCAGUGAAAAAUGUGUGAUUUCGAGUGCAUUUACUACUCAAGAAUUCUAAAAAUUCCUUUAAUAUUUACCAGCAUAAGACGAUGACCAUAGAGUAGCUAGGAGAAAAAUUCAAACAGCUCCCCACCAAGAAGCAUAUUUACAAUCAAGGUUGUGGGUUAUCUUUAUUAAACAUCUUCACUUAAGAACUCAAUAAACUUUAAUAAACCUUUAAGUAAUAAUACUACGCAAAGGCAGAACCAA